AUGCCAUUUAUCAGCCAGUUCGCGUUUGCGGCUUUGCUCCUUAGCCCGGUGCUCGCCAGCGGCCCGUGGAAACAACCCCUGUACAAGCCCGAUGCGGAAAAGGCCUCCCAAGUUCGAGAUGCUUUCCGGACGGCUUGGAAGGGGUACUACGACCAUGCGUUUCGUCAUGAUUCUCUGCUGCCCCUCAACAAUUCCUUUUACGACGACAGGAACGGCUGGGGCGUCACCGCCAUAGACUCGUUGAGUACCGCCAUCGUCAUGGAGGAGGGCGAAACGGUGAGCCAGAUUCUCGAAUUCGCCUCCACGGUGGACUUCACCACGACCCAGGAGGUGAAUUCCGAAAUUUCGCUGUUUGAGUCAAACAUUCGCUACCUCGGCGGAUUACUCGCUGGCUACGAUCUCUUGACUGGCCCAUACAAGGACCUGCUCACCACCAACCGCGACCGCAAACUCGUCGGCAGGCUUCUCAAGCAGGCGCAGAUCCUCGGAAACAGCCUCAGCAUUGCCUUUAGCACGCCAACCGGGAUCCCCGACGGCACCAUCUACCUGAACCCCAAGCCUCGCAUCAACGGAUCCGAAUCCAACGGCCCCGCUGGAAUCGGCACCCUGGUUCUCGAGUGGACGCGCCUGAGCGAUUUGACCGGCAACAAGACGUACGCCCAGCUCGCCCAAAAGGCGGAGAAGUACCUCACCGAGCCACAGGGCUUGCCGGAGUCGUUCCCCGGCCUGGUCGGCAACGAGCUCGGCAUCAAGGACGGCAAGUUCCGCAGCCAGUUUGGCAGCUGGGGCGGCGGCACGGACAGCUACUACGAGUACCUCAUCAAGAUGUACCUGUACGACCCCGACGAGUUUGGCCACUACAAGGACCGCUGGGUGGCGGCCGCCGAAUCCUCCAUCAAGCACCUUGCUUCCCAUCCCACGUCGCGCCCCGACCUGACAUUUCUGGCUGCGUACAACGGCACGCAGAUCAUCCCCGCGUCCGGCCACUUGGCUUCCUUUGUAGGCGGCAACUUCAUCCUCGGCGGCGUCCUCCUCGGCGAUGCCAAGUACGUCGACUUUGGGCUCGCCCUCGCAGAGUCCUACUACGAGACGUACAAGGGGACCGCGUCCGGCAUCGGGCCCGAGCUCUUCCGCUGGGCGACGGACGCGAACCGCACCGUCCCCGCCGAGUAUGCCGAGUCGUACAAGAAGGCCGGCUUCUGGACCCGGCUGGCCGACUACGCCCUGCGUCCCGAAACCAUCGAGAGCUUGUACUACGCGUACCGGGUGACGGGCUACCCCAAGUACCAGGACAUGGUGUGGAGCGCAUUCACCACCAUCCGCGAUCGCUGCAGGGCCGGAUCCGGCUUCGCCAUCCUGGACGACGUGACCAAGCCGGACGGCGGGACCAAGGAGAAUUUCAUGGAGAGCUUCUUCUUGGCCGAGACGCUCAAGUACGCGUACCUGACGUUUGCGGGGGAGGGCAAGGUUCAUUUCCAGGGGUACGGCAAGACCACUUUUGUCUUCAACACCGAGGCGCAUCCGCUCAGGAUCCGUCACGGAUGA